UGCAAAGAUGGAAAAUCAUAUUUUAAAUUAAGUUAUAUCUAAUUUUUAUGCAGGAGAAUGGAUUAAUGGAUAGAAAUAUGGAAUGGGAAUAUAUAAAUAUGCAAAUUGUGGCAUGUAUGAAAGAGCAUUUAAAUUCAAUUUAAAGGAUAGAUAAGGUACAUAUAAUGCUCAUAUUUAUAUUAGUUAGUUUGAAAAAGGGACAAAAAAUGGAGAUGAAAAAUAAAUCUCUAAAAAUUAAGACAUCUAUUCAGGAAAAUUUAAAGAAGACAAAAUAGAUGGAGGGUGAAAUAUAAAAUAUCACGAUAGGAAAAUUUAUGAUCAAAAGUAAUUUUGGUUAGAUAGUAAGGAAUGUAGAAGAAUGGUCAUCCUAUUUAUGUAGAUAUGAUUUAUAAAAAUGACUUACAUCAUCCAAUUAAAUAGAUUACGUAUGAUGAUUAUGGAAAAGUGCAUGAGAC